AGGCGGGCCGCGGCUGUGGCGGUGUGUCCGCGCCCCGCAGCGGCCCCGCCAGCGCGGUUCGCCCACGCCGCGGCCCGGCCGUGGGUCGGGGUGAGCGGGCGGGGCACGGCCCGGUCCGGCCGCGGGGCCCCGCAGGGCCGGGCCGCUGUGACAGCGCGGGCGGGGCUGGGCUCGGGGCAGCCGGGCCGUGCGGAGCCCCAGCCUGGUGUCUCCGGUGGAGCCGGGCAGUGCCACGUUUCACACCCGGGCACACCGGCUGCGUGUUGUGUGGCAGCGAAAUCUGCCCUUCACCGCCGGCCUCCGUGCAGCUCGCUGGGACUGUGCCUGUGCACCUGCGGAGCACACGGGUUAUCCCGGUGACUCGGGGGGCCCCUUGCUUUAGCCAUCGUAGGGAGCUUGGAGGACUGGGACUAUGUGUAACCUAAUGCCGCACUCUAGUGUCAAAUGCUUUUUAGUGUUUUGCUCACUGCAGUUUUGCUACGUUUUCUUCUUCUCUUUUUAAAAAUAUUUCCAGUAAAAAUGAUUUACUGAAGUCUACAAUUCCCUGAGAGGUGGAUGUAGCCAGAUCAGUCGUAUUGCCAUCGGCUGCAGCAUGACAUGUAUUUCCUUACGAGCACCAGCCGUCUGAAUGAGCAAGUGGUCGAUAAAAUUGUUCUUCAGCUUAACAGAGUCUAUCCCCAAAUUCUUACCAAUGAAGAAGCAGAAAAGUUCAGGAACCCAAAGGCAUCACUCCAUACCAGACUCUCAGAUCUGUUGAAACACCUCCAAAAGAAAGGAGACAGACACUGUCAGGAGUUUUACAGGGCUCUGCAGAUCAAUGCUGAACAGCUGUUUAAUGACCUGCCAAGCAGGAAAAUCUUGAAAACCUCAGAUCCCACAGAGAUAGACACUGACAAGGAGCAAUAUAUGCUAAAUGACAGGGGCCCAGUGUUCUUCCUGGCGUGUUUCAGCGUGGCUGCAGGCCUGGCCCUGUGCUGGUACUGCUGUAACUCAGAAACGCAAGUCACAGGAAGAGCCAGGAGAGUCUUGGGCUUUUCUCCUAUUAUCAUAGGAAGACACGUUAGAAAUAUUUGUUUGUUGUAUUUGGAAGACAUAUCAAGAAAUUAAGGACGAGCUCUUUGCUUGUCUGUACAGUACACCGGCCAAAGGAAGCCAACAGUGCAUAAAAAUGUCCUGUACUCAUACCAAAGAUUUUAUUAACUAGCUUCAUCAAUAACUGCCUUGCCUCCAGAUGUAUUCAGAAUUUCAGCUAUAAAUGUCCUUCUUUAUGGGAAUGGACUGUUUAUUUUUGUAAAUGCUUAAAGUAUUUAUCGUUUGUAUAAAAUAUUUUUAUUACAAGCUUUAAAAUGAUCUCUUAAGUGAGCAUGGGUCUGAAGCCAUGUUUGCAUAUGUGUUUUCUAUACUGGAAUGAAGGAUCACAACUGUUUGAAGAACUCUGGCCUGUCUUCUGUGAGAAUUAAUUUAAGAAACGAACUUAAACACAUGCACUCAAAGCCUUACUAAGAAAUGGAUCUCCAUCUCAGAACUGUCUGUUUUGUCUAGAUCCUUUAUAGUCACUGCCUGAGCUCAGGUGGGCACUGGCACCUGUGAAAAGUUUAUGGGGGCCAGUUCCCUUUAUGUGUGCCUUGUAUUCACUGUGUCUUCUGCUUCCGUGUUGGUGCCUCAUCCCAGCCUUCCUUGUUCCCGGGCACACUCAGCUGCUGGCCCUGGUUUGGAUGCCCUGGAGCUGGUGCAGGCUGGUUCCCAGCCCAUGGGGUCUUCCAGCGAGUGGAAUGUCUGACCUGAAGCAUUUCAGACUACCAAGAAAAUGUUCCAGAUUAAUUUAGCUUUCCCUUUCCCAGUGAAGUGAAGGGAGGCUCUGCAGAGAGACCUGGACAAUCACCAUCCCAGUGAAGUUCAACAAGGGAAAGUGCUGGAUUCUGCACUUGGGAUGGGGCAACCCUGGGUGUGCAGACAGGCUGGGGAAUGAGAUGCUGGAGAGCAGCACUGUGCAAAGGGACCUGGGAAUCCUGGUGGAUGGAAAUUGGGUAGGAGUCAGCAGUGCCCUGGCAGCCAGGGGGGACAUCCCUCUCCUGGGGGGCACUGGGCCCAGCAUGGCUAGUCGGGCCAGGGAUGGGAUUGUCCCACUCUGCUCUGCACUGGGGCAGCAUCAGCUCGAGUGCUGGGGGCACUUUGGGCUGCACAGUGUCAGAAGGAUAUUAAACUGCUAGAGAGCUUCCAAAGGACACUUCCAGGGAUGGGGCAGCAACAGAUUCUCUGGGCAACCUGUGCCAGGACUGGGGGAAGAAUUCUUUCCUGGUACGGUACAGGAAAGUUUACUGUGGCUAGGGCUGUAUUUCCUUGCGUCCUGAGGUUGCUUGAGAUGAGGAUGUCUCUCAGGGAAAAAAAAAUGAUCCAGAAUGAGCUAUGCCAAGGGUUAGAGCUGGAGGGAGAAAGAAAAAGUGAGUCUUGGUUCAUUCUAGUGAUAAAGGACCUAACAGCAAAGAAUAGAAAAUAAUCUGUUCCUUCAUUAAUGCCAGUUACUGAUUUGAACAGUGAACGUCAGGUUGCCUGUAAAAUUGGCAUGUGCAUAGGAGACAGUCUUUUUCUUGGAUUAUUUUUCUUUCAGGGGCUUGCUUCUCUGCAAGCACAUCUAUGCAGCACAUAUGGACAGUGAUAAUUCCAUUUUCAGCUCCUGGAGGAAGCACAUGUGCACCUGCAUGGGAAUCAUGUCCUUCUGGGCAAACAGUGUUAAUGGAAAUAAAUUGUGCAGGGUCUUGGAUGAAGCUGUUUAGCUGCAGAAUUCUGGUUUCUCUGGGAAGUCAAGAAUAGCUUGGCCUUCGCUGCUGAAACUGUGCUGGUAUUAAUUUAUAAACGUGCUUCACUCUUUGUGCAGGGAAGUUGUCCUGGCUGGUUUCUAGGUGGUUCCAUGGCGAGGGUGGAGGCCACCCUUGUGAACACUGUGGCUCCUGUGCUGCAGGCAGGAUUGUACAGGAGCUAAGGAGGUCAGGGCCUGAGCCCUGGAAAUGGUUCAGGCCGAGUGACAGGACUGUCUGUGUGCAGAGAGCUGGGAAGCAGAAUGAUAGAUCCCACAAAGAAUUUGCACAAUUCCAUUUAAAGCUAGACUGCUAUUUAAAGGACUUGGUGAAGGAUGAUGUGCCUGAUGAGCUGGAGUGGGAAUGAAGUGAUGAUUCAAUCUGGGAUGCACUGGGCUGCUUUACAGUUGCUGGAUGGAGUUUGCAGUUAAAAGUGCCUUUGCUGAGGCAAAGUUAUUCCUUUUGUUUCUUUCGUUUGUUGUUAUUUUUCUCAUACUGUAAUAAAUUGAAAACACAUUUGGUCAAAAUGUGCUGUUGUGGAUGCUUUUCCCUGCCACUGUGUAUGCACGGAUGCUACUCCAUGUUAUGCCAUGCCUUGGCUGUGCUGCCAAGAAUCAGUUUGCUGCACUUCACAGGGCCUGUGCCCUGUAGUAAUUCCUCUGUACAUCUUGAAUCCUGUAGAAAUUAAUGUAUUUCUUUUUUUAAUGGGAUGAAGCUGGCAAUUAAAUGGAAAUAAAAUCUGAGAGAACAA